AUGGCAUCUGCCCAACCCACAGAGAUGAAAGCCUGGCUCUACUCCAGCACAAGAAAUGGGCUAGAAAAGAACCUCAAUUUCGACGCGUCGGCACGCGCGCCGCCAGCCGUGCACGGCAACAAUGUCCUAGUCCAAGUCCUCUCAGCUUCCCUGAACCCAGCAGACUUCAAGGUCCCCGAAAUGGGCUUAGUAGCACGCAAAUUUGUCAUUGGCACACCGGCUUCACCGGGAAUGGACUUCUGCGGACGCGUGGUCGUCACCGGCGAUGCCGCGACCGAGUUUUCUCCCGGCCAGCUCGUGUACGGAUGUCUCAGCAAGCCGGGGCAAUUCGGCUCUUUGGGCGAGUACCUAGUGGCAUCUGCAAGUUUGCUUGCGCCCGUGCCGGAGGGCGUGGAGGUUGAUCAUGCGGCCGCCAUCGGUAUUGCGGGACAGACGGCGUACCAGUCACUGGCUGGGUAUGUUAAUGCUGGCGAUAAGUUGGGGUGUCAUGUCACGACUACUUGUUCGACGAAGAAUGUGGAGUUUUGUCGUGGGCUCGGCGCUGAUGAGGUUAUUGACUACUCGGUUGAGACGGAUUUGGUUGCUACACUGCGCAAUCGUGGAGUCAUCUUCGAUCAUAUUAUUGAUCAUAUUGGAUACCCUGCGCCGAUGUAUCGUGAGUCCCAUCACUUCUUGGCGGCUGGGAAGGCGUUUGUGCAGGUUGGGGCGUCGGCCAUGGGGACUUUUGUUGAUAGGUUGAUUUGGCCUGCUUUCCUGGGUGGCGGGAAAAGAAAAUAUGUUAUCUUCUUCUUCAAGAAUACCCGUGAGGAUCUUGUGAGGAUUGGGGAAUGGGUGCAGAAGGGGGCUGUCAAAAUUCAGCUGGAUACUGCCUAUGAGUUUGAGGAUACUGUUCAAGCAUUUGAAAAACUUCGCUCUGGCCGGGCUAGAGGCAAGAUUAUUGUGCAUGUCGCUAAGCCAUGA